AUGGUGAUUUUAUUUGCACUGUCAAAAGUUACCGACUUAUUAACAACAACAUUUGUCGUGCAAGUGGAAGUCAACUCGCGGUGUCAAUUUGGGGAAGGCCUGGUACUUAAUACCACGGGCCCGUUCCUGACGGCUGCACCCCCAUCGAAUGGGAUCCCAUACAUUGUCGCUCAUAAUGCACAGUACUUCAGCCUCAACAACACAUGUCCUAUCGGCAUCUAUGCAAAGGUUAAUCGAGACAUCACCUUCUGUCCGGACACACAAGAUAUUCUGGGCAGCUGGGUCUGUUCAACCGGCGACACCCGCACGUAUACCCCAGGCUACAACCAGCUAUCCCUGGCCGAGGACUUGAUAAAUCAAGGCUUGCUGUAUCCCAAUGCAACGUUCGAAUAUUCUGGCUUCGGUGGGGGCUAUUAUAAUCAUCUCGUGGCAUGGAGCAGCUCGGCAGCUCUUUCGGGCAACGCCAUCAACACUACCUGGGAUGUACGUGCUGCGAUUCAAACCAACGCAUCCCCGUUCGACGACAACGUCACAAUGCUUGGCAUAUCCUGCAGCAUGACUGCUCCCCCUGUGGAGACAAUUAUCAGAGCGAUGAACUCGACAGCUACCCUCGAGGGUUGGAAAGCGACCUUCCAGGGGUUGAUGUACUACGGGACCGGUACACCGUGCGUUACCAAUCCUGCCCUCGAGCUGGCUAUCCUCCUCAAUACUCUGACAAUGGUCCAAGGAGGCGAUAACAUUCUUCUAUCUAUCCGAGCACCGAACGCGGAUCAAACCCAGGGAUGUAUCGUUCCCGCAACUGAUGUGCCCCCAGUUAUCAUGGCGCUUGUUCUCAUCGUUGCCGGAUCUUUUGUCUCACUGAUCGUAGUUUUUCUCGUAUAUACUUGGCAAAUGCGAUUCACGCACCGCGGUUUGCAGCCGUCUAUCAAGUACCUACCUGAUGGAGUCAUUGGAUGGGCUGUGAAGGCUGCGCAGGAGCAUCGAGACAGUCGUGAGCCGGACGAUGGACAAUAUGCGAGAGUCCGGCGUCGAGAAAUUAAGAAUUGGCUCAUUGGAUACGAGGAUGGGCAACCUAGACUAAGGAUGCUCCAGCCUUAUCGUUGA